UGAAAAACUGAUCCAUUAAUUACAACUCAGAUAAGUCGUAGAGUUCUGGCUAUAUAAAAGGUCAAACUAUCCCCUGGCCUACGAUCAGUUGGGACUUGAACUCUGGAAUUGUGGGAUCAGUUUUCAACAUGUUGGCCGCUUCGCUUUGCCUCAUUCUGCUACUCCAAGUUAGUUCGAUUCCUGGACAAGUCUAUCAAGUCACCAGGAUACCUGGGAAUGGAAACGUGCAGAUAAUAAGCCCAUACGGGAGCCAAAUACAGGUCUUGGGCUCAACCGAGCAAACCCGUCCGUAUCCCUGGCUGUGGGAAAUGGUGAAGAACCUUACGAUCACCUCAAACUCAACUACCGAGGACGUGCAAGUGAUCAGUCCUUGGGGCAACGGCAGCUUUCAGCUGAACACGACACCCACUCAGAGCAACGUUAACACACCGCUGCGCACUCUGCUCAAGAACUGGUUCUACCGGACACCCGCCCAGCCCAGCUACCAAGUGCUCAACCUCGGUGGACGGGCCCUUGACAAUCAACGCUACUGGGACGACUGGAGACCAACUCAAGUGUUGCUGCCACGCAGGCGGACAUCUACAGGCAGGCGCCUUCAGCAGCGCCGCAUUCUGUUGCGAAACCUUAAUUCCGGGCAGGCCGUGCUGAUGAAAACCCAAACCCUAAGAGUGCCCUUCUAUGAGGAGGACUGGAAGAUUGGAACCAGUUACUCUCGCUGA